UAAGGGCCAUCCCUCAAAUUAUGGAAUCUUUCCUUGUCGAUCUGAAGAAGCACGUGGAGUGUUCCUUGUGUAAUGAUACAUUCACUGAACCUAAGGUUCUUUUAUGCUUCCAUACAUUUUGUAAGCCUUGUAUCAAAAGACACGCCGAGCUGAUCGAGGAAGUCAACGUCUUCAAGUGUCCUCGAUGUAAAUCACAAACUCCUCUACCAGAACCAAGCAGCGUGGAAGAUCUACAGCCAAGCUCACUGCAUUCAAGAAUCUUGAAGGGUCUUGCGUUGGUAGAAGGAGAAAAGGUUUGUUCUGUUUCUGAGAGUCAUUCCUCAGCUUCUUGGUAUUGUUUUGACUGUGAUCGCUCGAUGUGUGAAGAAUGCAAGAAGAACCAUUCAGAGUUUAUCAAAGAUCACAAGGUCGUUUGUCUGGCUGAUUUGAAGGAAGAAGAUAUGGAGUUCAUAAUAACAAGAGAAAAUCCUUGUAAAAGUCACCCGCAUCACAGGCUAGAGUCAUUCUGUGAAGACUGUGAUGACAUGAUUUGUGUGACAUGCUGGAAACACGAUCACAAGGAUCAUAAGACGAUGUCAUUAGAUAAGUUUGCUUCGAUCAAGAAAGAUGUAUUGUCAAAGCAUUUGCGGGUACUAGAGCAGUUGAGAUUAGAUGACAAGGAAAAUCAACAACAAGAAAACAUUGCCAAAACAAUCAAACAACAAGGAGAAAAGGCCAAGGAAGUUGUAAAAGAUACAACAAAUAAAAUGAUCCAGAUGCUACAAGGAAAGGAAAGGAAACUGCUUAGACAAAUUGAUAAGAAGUUAAACUCAGGCACAAGAAAUUUGAACAUAAUUCACCAUAUUUCAGCAGUCGAGGAAUACAUAAAAAAUGUGAUGGAAAAAGGACUGGCAAGUGAAAUGAUCAAUAUUCAAGAGACACAGUGCUCGGAGAAAUUCAUCUUUAACCCAAUUCCACUGUCAUCAAGAAUAGUCUUUAUUCCUAACAAAGAGCUGGUGCAACAAAUAGAAACAGGCCUUGGAGUAUUACAGACGCAUUUUGAAACCGACCAUACGAUGAGCACUAUUCUGGUGGAAGGUGAGCCAGAAGCUGCAAGGCAACAAAAGCUCGUAUUGACAACCAAAACAUCAACAGGACAGGAUAGCAUUAAUACAGGUGAUGUGGUAGACAUCCACAUCAGCCCUAGAGAUCACGUGGAAAUAGAGGAGAAAGAUGUGAGAACUGCUGGGAGAAUAGAAGUUGAAUUCAUGGCUAAAGUAGCUGGUCAGUUGACAGCAGAGGUUCAAGUGAAUGGGAAUCAUGUGUCUAACAGUCCACUAGUGGUGAAUGUCAAGCCUCAACAGAUGAGAAUAACAGGACAGUUUAACAUGAAAGGUGUGGAUAUUAACUCUCUGAGAUUGGCAGGUAUAGCAGUAAAUAGAGACAAUGGCAGGAUUGCUGUCUCUUUUCCUUCUUCUCCCUGUGUCUAUGUAUUUAAGACUAAUGGAGAUCUCUUACUGGCAUAUGGUAGUGAAGGUGGUUCACAGGGACAGUUAAAUGUUUCCGAAGGUUUAGCAUUUCUGAAUGAUACAGAUUUAGCCAUAGCAGACUGGGAUAAUCAUAGAAUAUGUAUAGUGAACACUGCAACAGGGACAUCGAUUAAGACAUUCGGUAGCCAUGGUUACAAGAAUAAACAGUUCAAUCAACCCUGUGGAGUACAUAUUGAUGAACAUGGCAACAUCUUUGUGUGUGAUCGUAAAAAUCAUCGUGUUCAAGUCUUCACAAGAGACGGUGACUAUCAAUAUCAGUUUGGUUUGACAACAAACAACAACUUUGAUCCAGUUGAUGUGGUAACAUAUGAUGGACUAUUUUAUGUCAGUGAUUAUAAUAAUCACUUCAUUCAUGUGUUUGAGAAGAAAGGUAAAGUACCGACUAGAAUAUCGACGAUUGGUGGAUACGGCAGUAAUGAUGGUCAGCUGAGUAGACCAUGGGGCCUGGCUAUUGAUAAUGACCAUCAUCUACUAGUGUGUGAUUCUGGUAAUAAUCGUGUCCAGAAAUUCACCCUGGAUGGCCGUUUUGCUGGCAAGUCAGUUGAUGAAAUCAAGAAUCCUGUAUCUAUGGCAGUGUUGAAUGAUGGACAGAUAUUGGUCUGUACGUCUUCUGGUGUGUGGUUUGUGAAGUAGAAAUUUGAUAAUCCAAUAACAAUAUUGAUGAUGAUGAUGAUCCUUGUGAUAUAUUAGCGCAUGAAGUUAGUUGCAUGCAGAAAAGGAUUUCAAUUGAAGUUAAAGUGGGAGAGAAAACUUUAUUAUAUAGAUAUCGAUGAAAUACCAGGUUUUCUCUAGUGUCGAAAACUUG